ACCCCUGAUUUUUUUAUGGAAAUUACAACGUUAUAUCAUACUUGUAUACAUUAUUACCUUUUUGAGUUUCCAGCAGCCAAACAGGCCCUUACCCUCCCGAUAUUAUACGACCUGUGGUCAUUAAAUAUGCACGGAACUGAUGCUGCUGCUCAGACAGCGAUAUUAGCCUUAAUUUCAAUCAUUCUUGAUAAUCUCUUAAUUCACGUUAUCAUUUCUUUCUUUAACAUUUCAUUUGGGUUGUUGAGAAAAAAACGUGUGCGGGUUUCACUUGUUGUGUCCUCUCUCUCUCUCUCUCUCUCUCUCUCUCUUCACCAAGAGUCUUUCUUUCUCCGUCUCAUUCCAUAUGGUAAGGAAAUGUGGUCUGAUUCCAACCCAUUUUCCUUAACUAAACACAAUCAUGUCUUUGUAAAGUUUGCAGUCUCAUUUCUUUUGAUAGGUCUUGCUUUUCGUCUGUUAGUCUCUGAUUCAAUCAGAUUCUCAUCAGUUGUAGAGACACCAUCCAUUGAACAGAUGACUAAAACAGAGUCUCCAGAGGCUAAUACUCUGCCUAUUGAAGAGGAAGAGCCGGGUGCUAUUGAUUUUGCGGCAAAUGAAAAUCAAACUGCAGUUUCUAAUGAUUCUGCGGCUAAUACAACACAAAUUUCAGAGACUGGAGAAUGUGACUUAUUUACUGGAGAUUGGAUACCGGACCCUUCAGGUCCAUUAUACGAUAAUCGGAGUUGCCUGGCAAUCGAAGGUCAUCAAAACUGCAUGAAAAAUGGACGGGCUGAUUCAGGGUACCUCUACUGGAGGUGGAACCCACAGGGGUGUGAUCUACCCAUGUUCAAUCCAAAGAAAUUUCUUGAUUUGAUGAGGGACAAAUCCUGGGCCUUUAUUGGUGAUUCCAUUUCGCGUAACCAUGUGCAGUCGUUACUUUGCAUUCUCUCUCAGGUGGAACAAGCUGAUGAGGUGUAUCAUGACGAGGAAUAUAGAUCGAAAAUAUGGCACUUUCCAGGUCACAACUUCACUCUUUCAGUCAUUUGGACUCCAUUCCUCACAAAGGCAGAUAUAUUUGAAGAUAUGAAUGGAGUUUCGUCUUCAGAAAUCCAGCUUCAUCUAGAUGUACUUGAUAAUAAAUGGAUUGAUCAAUAUAGGAACUUUGAUUAUGCUGUAAUUGCUGGUGGCAAAUGGUUUCUCAAAACUGCAAUAUAUCUUGAGAACAACAGUGUUGCAGGCUGCCAUUACUGCCCUGGAAAGAACUUGACAGAGCUAGGAUUUGACUAUGCAUACCGAAAAGUACUACAGUUGAUAUUUGACUUCAUUGCAAGAUCUGAUCACAGAGCUUUUAUUUUCUUUAGAACCACCACGCCAGAUCACUUUGAGAAUGGAGAAUGGUUUAGUGGAGGCACUUGCAAAAGAAAAGUGCCCUUCAAAGAAGGCGAGAUUGAUAUGAGAGAUGUAGAUGAAACAAUGCGUAAUAUCGAACUGGAAGAAUUUGACAAGGCUGCUGCAUUGGGAUCUGAAAAGGGGGUGACUUUGAAACUGCUUGAUACAACUCGUCUAUCUUUGUUAAGGCCGGAUGGGCAUCCUGGACCGUACAGGCAGUUUCAGCCAUUUUCGAAGGAUAAGAAUGCCAAAGUUCAGAAUGAUUGCUUACAUUGGUGCUUGCCGGGGCCGAUAGACUCUUGGAAUGAUUUGGUAUUGGAAAUAUUAGUCAAUAGCAGAUUACGUUGAUGACAGUUGAUAUUAAUUUGUCCUGGUUUAUUAAUGAAAUUGAGAAGCUUUGGCUGAAUAAGAUGCAGAUUUGCCUGGGCCGUUGCUGAUUUUGGUAUUUGGAGAGAGUCACCAAUCUGCCAAUGUAUCACCAUCAGGUGGUUCGCGUCUGUGAAGGGAGAGAAUGUGAUUCUUCGGGACCAUAUUAUUUAACUGUAAUCAUUGUUUGUACAUCCCAUUUACCAUAUUUUUUCUAAUAGGAUGUCCACUCUUUUCCUUUUUUUU